GGGGCCUGUCUUUCAAACCGCCAGAUCACGCCGUCAAAACACACUUAUCAGAAUUCACAGUUUCUAUUAGCCCCACGGAAAUAGUACUAUCUAUCGUUUUAACUCCGUCAAAAUUAACGUUUCAGUCUUCCCAUGGGGACCUCAUUUUUGACUCACAGAAGAGCUGACAUUGACAAGCUUUAAAAACUAGUAAAACAUUAAAACUCUGAAAGCAAAAUGAACGUUAACUAGCCGUGUUCUAACAUCGUCAAAUCUUGUGAUGUACGGUGGGAACAAGGGGCCAUACUAUAUUGUAGGGUGUUACGGAUUUCAUGCAAUCCAUACUCUCUCCCUUUCUCUCUCUAUCUCUAUGACUUUUCAGAUCCUGAAUUUGUUUAUUAUUUCAUAUCCGAAUUUGAUACCUUGGGCCUUGGGGACUACGAUUCUCUUUACAAGGCACUGCACAACUCUACUUAACGUAGCUUCUGAAGGUUGAGUUGCACCGCAUAGAAUUAACGCUACAUUCAUUUCUUCUCUUCUGUUCUGAGCAAAGAAAGGAACAGUGGAACAAAACGGAGAAAUGAGAAGCUUUCACACUUACCUUCUAUAUAUUUCCCUGAUUCUUCUACUACUCUCUGCCAGCAGCAAUGGUUACAGUGAUCUUGAAGUACUGUUGAAGCUCAAAUCUUCCAUGAUUGGACCCAAAGGUUCAGGACUCGAGGACUGGGAAUUCUCCCCUUCUCCAUCUGCACAUUGCCGUUUCUCUGGUGUUAAAUGCGAUGAGGAUUUCCGUGUUGUUGCUCUGAACGUGUCGUUUACUCCUCUCUUUGGCACCAUUCCUCCGGAAAUAGGGCUUCUGAACAAGCUCGUGAACCUUACUAUUUCCACUGUUAAUCUUACAGGGAAGAUUCCGGUGGAGAUUGGGAAAUUGACUUCUCUCAAGAUAUUCAACAUCUCCAACAAUGUUUUCAAAGGCAGUUUCCCUGGAGAAAUCCUUACAGGUAUGACUCAGCUUGAGAUUCUUGAUGCUUAUAACAAUAACUUCACGGAUCUUCUUCCCAUUGAGGUCGUGAACCUGAAAAAUCUAAAGCAUCUAUCUUUCGGUGGCAACUAUUUCACGGGAGAGAUACCGGAGAAGUACUCAGACAUCCAGAGCUUGGAAUACUUGGGUCUAAACGGCAUCGGUUUAACGGGGAAAAGCCCUGCAUUUCUGGCUCGUUUAAAAAACCUGAAACACUUGUUAAUUGGAUACUUCAACGCCUAUGAUGGAGGAAUUCCACCUGAGUUUGGGUCAUUAAGUCAACUCGAACUUCUCGACAUGGCAAGCUGUAAUCUAACCGGUGAGAUUCCUGGGAGUUUGAGCAAUUUGAAACACUUGCACUCAUUGUUUCUUCAAGUGAACCGUCUAACGGGCCGUAUUCCUUCCCAACUCUCUGGUUUGGUCAGCUUGAAGUCGCUUGAUAUUUCCAUAAAUGAACUAACUGGGGAGAUACCGGAGAGUUUCCAUGCCUUGCAAAACAUUACACUUAUCAAUUUGUUCAAAAAUAAUCUCUACGGUCCAAUCCCAUCAUUCUUAGGUGAUUUUCCUCAUCUCGAAGUGCUUCAAGUGUGGGAAAACAACUUCACGCAUGAAUUACCGGAGAAUCUUGGCCGCAACGGGAAGCUUUUUAAGCUCGAUGUUGCUUCGAAUCAUCUCACUGGAUUGAUUCCACGUGAUUUAUGCAAGGGGGGAAGGUUGGAGACGUUGAUUCUGAUGGAAAAUUUCUUCUUUGGUCCACUUCCUGAAGAACUCGGCAACUGCAAGUCUCUAACCAAGAUUCGUAUCAUGAAAAACCUUCUCAACGGAACAAUUCCACCUGGAAUUUUCAACUUGCCAUUACUGAGUAUUAUCGAGUUAGACGAGAAUUUCUUCUCCGGUGAACUUCCAUCCCAGAUGUCAGGUGCUUCGCUUGGCAUGUUAAAAGUUUCAAAAAAUGGGAUCACGGGUAAAAUUCCUCCAGCAAUCGGCAAUUUGCGUGCUUUACAAGUUUUGUCUCUUGAAAUGAACAAUUUUUCAGGUGAAAUUCCUGAGGAGAUCUUUAAUAUCAAGUCACUUUCAAAGAUAAACAUCAGCGACAACAAUAUUACUGGUGAAACUCCUCCUUCGAUCUCUCGCUGUACUUCUCUUACUUCAAUUGAUUUCAGUCAGAACAGUCUCACUGGUGAAAUUCCAAAAGGCAUUGACAAGCUGAAAGAUUUAAGCAUUCUCAAUUUUUCAAGAAACCAGCUAACUGGUGAAAUCCCUGCUGAAAUCCGGUUCAUGAUAAGUCUCACAACUCUUGAUCUCUCGUAUAAUAAUUUUGUUGGCAGAAUCCCCAGUGGUGGUCAAUUUUUAGUCUUCAACGACAGCUCGUUUACUGGAAACCCCAACCUCUGUCCACCGCGCCACGUUACUUGUCCAGCUUUGAUAAACAAAGCUAAAGGUUCAGGUCAUGGCCACGCAACGUCUUUCACUGCUUCAAAGCUCAUAAUCACAAUCAUCACGUUAAUCACAGCUUUGUUAUUGAUAAUUGUAACGGUUUACAGAAUGAGAAAGAAGAGGCUUCAAAAAUCACGAGCCUGGAAGCUUACUGCUUUCCAAAGGUUAGAUUUCAAAGCUGAGGACGUGCUAGAGUGCUUGAAUGAAGAGAAUAUUAUAGGGAAAGGUGGAGCUGGGAUUGUCUACCGCGGUUCCAUGCCGCAUGGCCUUGAUGUGGCAAUUAAAAGAUUGGUGGGUCGUGGAACCGGAAGAAGCGAUCAUGGGUUCUCGGCGGAGAUUCAAACUCUUGGUCGAAUUAGGCACCGGAACAUUGUGAGACUGUUGGGUUACGUGUCGAAUAAGGACACGAAUCUGUUGUUAUAUGAGUAUAUGCCUAAUGGGAGCUUAGGAGAAAUGUUGCAUGGGUCAAAGGGUGCACAUUUGCAAUGGGAGAGGAGGUAUAGGAUUGCCAUGGAAGCUGCCAAGGGACUGUGCUAUCUUCACCAUGAUUGCUCGCCUCUAAUUAUUCAUAGGGAUGUGAAGUCGAAUAAUAUAUUGCUUGAUGAAGAUUAUGAAGCUCAUGUAGCUGAUUUUGGGCUGGCUAAGUUUUUGCAGGAUGCUGGUGCAUCCGAGUGCAUGUCCUCCAUUGCUGGUUCCUACGGCUACAUCGCUCCAGAAUACGCCUACACACUGAAGGUUGAUGAAAAAAGCGAUGUGUACAGUUUUGGUGUUGUGAUGCUGGAGCUGAUAGCAGGAAGAAAACCUGUAGGGGAAUUUGGAGAUGGGGUGGACAUUGUGAGGUGGGUCAGGAAAACCACGUCAGAACUCCCUCAGCCGUCCGAUCCUGCUUCAGUGUUGGCAAUUGUGGAUCCCAGGCUAACUGAGUAUCCGUUGACUGGUGUCAUCCAUCUGUUCAAGGUUGCUUUGAUGUGCGUUGAGGAUGAGAGCUCUGCUAGGCCCACCAUGAGAGAAGUUGUUCACAUGCUCACCAAUCCUCCACAGUCUGCCCCACGGCCAAGCCUCCUCACCUUUUGAUGCUCAAUUCCUAGUCAGCCAUCAGCUCAGGGCCUUUGCUGUUAAAUAAACACAUAGAAAACUGUAAUAAUUUUCUAACCAAGGUUUUGGGUAUUAGAAAAUAUCAGGUUAACUUCCCAUGGCGGGAGAAUCUUGAGUGUUGUGUUAGUCCAAAAUUGCUGCUUUUCCUCGUUUUGUUUGAUAAACUGGUGUAUUUAAAGCUACGGUGUGGAAGUAAUUGACAAAGUUGUAUAUUUGAUACUACUUUAUUUUGCUUUUCCUUUGCAUUUUUCUUGAUUAUUUAUUAGUAGCAUUUGUUAAUCCAGUUGUAAAUCUCCAAAUACCAUUGUUGCAGAGUUUUGAACCAUGAGUGCAUGGAAUAUAGGA